GGCGACGCUGGCGUACUUGGCCGGGCUACAGCUGCCCGCCGCCCCCGUGCCUGCCGGACCUGGCGCGGCUGGUCGGACAUGUGUUCCAGCCGCGCCCCCGCCGACUGCCACCGGGUGCCCUCCGUGCUCCACGCCCGCGGCCGCGGCGCCCCUGGACGUCCUGUCGUUCCUGGCCCCUGACGCGCUGGGCGCCGCGGGACCCGUCGCGGCGCCGCUGCCAGACCUGCUUGGCCCAGACGCGGCGCCCGCCGCGCCGGACCGUGCGAGCCCGUCGCCCGCCGUGCAGGACGACGAUCGAUCUGCUCGGGCUGGAGUGACCGUGGCGCCUCCCGCGCUGCCCGCGGCGCCCGCGCUGCCCAGGCGGUGGCCCGUGGGGCCGGAGCGGCCACCGCCGAGCACCACGGGCGCGAAUCGCGCCGCGCCGGGAGCCCGCGGCCGCUCGGGAAAGCCUGCGCGGGCCGGGGUUCAGGUGGGAGGCGACCGCGGUCGUCGGGGGUGCACACCCCGUCUCCUGGCCCCCAGGCUCGCCACCGAAGUCGGCAACCCGUGGAAGGCACGUGGGGCCCUGCGAGACCUCGGAGCUCGGCUCGCUGCUGGACGAGUCCAAAAGUUCCCGGCUGCAAUUCUCCCGCCCUGACACUGCCCCUGAAGCGGGGCUCGAACCCCCGAUGCCGCGGAGGGGGUGCGCGGCGCGAGAGUCCAGUGCGCGGAGCGCGGCCGCCCCCUCACUCUGCGCUGCUCUGGGCGCGCGGGAA